AUGUUUCGAGUCUCUGAAAAUCGCCUAAACUUACUGCUGAGAGGCCACGCAACACAUGCAAGCGUGUUGAGAAGACUUUUGAGUACGCGUAUUAAGGAAGAAAAGACUACCUUAGAGGAUGCUGGCAUUAUCUCUAAUAGAACAAUUCACGAAAAGCAAAAUCACCAUAUUGAAGGGAUUACUAAGGACAAUGAUCUGGAAUUACUAGAAAAAGGUAUCAGGAAAUCUGACGAGAUGACUUCCAAUUUCACAAAUUAUAUGUACAGAUUUCACAGACUCCCUCCCAAUUACGGAAGUAAUCAACUCAUCACCAUCGAUAAGGAACUGCAGAGAGAACUGCAUGGAGUUAUGGCGUCUUUCAAGGCUCCUUGCAGGUUUGCAUUUGGUUACGGCUCCGGAGUUUUUGAACAAGCAGGGUAUUCUAAAACAGAUAGCAAACCCCAAAUCGAUAUUAUCUUAGGUGUCACUCAUCCAUCACAUUUUCACUCUAUUAAUAUGAGACAAAAUCCCCACCACUAUUCCAGUUUGAAAUACUUCGGUUCCGAAUUCGUUUCCAAAUUUCAAGAAAUUGGUGCAGGGGUGUACUUCAACCCAUUUGCUAAUAUAAAUGGACACGACGUAAAAUAUGGAGUAGUUUCUAUGGAAACGCUUUUAAAAGACGUAGCUACUUGGAAUACAUUCUAUAUAGCGGGGCGACUACAAAAACCGGUUAAAAUAUUAAAGAAUGAUCUACGAGUGCAAUACUGGAACCAGCUAAACCUGAAAGCUGCCGCUACAUUGGCUAAGCAUUACACCCUAGAGAAAAACAACAACAAGUUUGACGAAUUCCAAUUUUAUAAAGAGAUAACCGCUUUGAGUUACGCAGGUGAUAUUAGAUACAAACUAGGUGGAGAAAAUCCCGACAAAGUUAACAACAUUGUUACUAAAAACUUUGAAAGGUUCCAAAUAUACUAUAGACCUAUUUACAAAGAGGUGGUCCUAAACGAUUCAUUUUAUCUUCCAAAGGGAUUCACAUUAAAAAACACUCAAAGACUCUUACUCAGCCGCAUAAGUAAAUCGAGUGCACUGCAAACCAUUAAAGGUGUUUUCACUGCGGGGGUCACAAAAUCGAUUAAGUAUGCUUGGGCUAAGAAGAUGAAAUCAAUGAAAAGAAGUUAG